AUGGAAAGUGAUCAGGAUCUAGUGACUCGUUUGCUGUCUAAAUUAUCUGCUACCUUUAAGAUUAGAAAUCUUAGUGAACCUGGUUUCUUUCUUGGGAUUGAAACAAUUAAAUGUGAUGAUGGUCUUUUACUUUCGCAACAAAGAUAUAUGAAUGAUAUUUUGAAAUGUGCUGGAAUGGCAGAAUGCAAGGCAUUAUCUACUCCUAUUUCUGUUUCGAAAUCUAUUACAUUUAGUGCUGAUUUGUAUGAGGAUCCUACGCAGUACAGGAGUCUUGCUAGGAAACAAAAAACUGUUGCUAGAUCUUCUACUGAAGCAGAAUACAAAGCUCUAGCAGAUGCCUAUGCUGAGUUGAUUUGGAUAGUAUCAUUAUUGCGUGAAAUCAAGGUGUCAGGUAUUUCUGUUCCAAGAAGUGGCCGGUGUGAUAAUCUUGGUGAUACUUAUAUUUGUGCAAAUCCCAUCUUUCAUGCUCGUACCAAGCACGUCGAAAUUGACUACCACUUUGUUAGAGAUAGAGUUGCUUCUGGAGACAUUCAAUUAUACAGCUCUCAUCUAGACAAUAUAAAUGAGAUAUACAUCUCCCGUUCAAACUACCUAUUAUGCAUCUUCAGAUAA